UGUCGCGCGUCUUCGUGUGCGUGUCGCGAGCCGAAUCACAUCCACAUUGACCAGCAGGGCCCCUCCCUCCCUGUGGCCCUUGGAGACGUGAUUGACGGUUUCCCCUCGCCGCUCCGUUCAAGACUCGCCUUCUACACCACCGGCUCGGAUUCAGCCCCGGGAACCUCGGUUGGACUUGCGACGGUUCAUAAUAUCAAUCAGUUCCCACGUGUAUUUUUUUUGUGUGUUAUCGCUUUUCCCGUAGCCCCGAGUCGUUGGCGGCAAGAUGCUUCUCAAGCGCAAGAGAUCCGAAUCGGAGUUGUCGCUCGGUGCAGUCUUCUCUUCGUCACAGGAGCUAGACAGUGGCCGCCUUAACAGAAUGUCCACACCCUCGCAUCUGCCCAGUCGCACCAUGAAGCGAUUUCGCGACAAUAGGCCGUCCGACUCAGAAGUAUACAAGUACACGCUAGAUGUCCUGUACUCCGCCCAGCGUCGACAGCACGAAGUGAAUCAUGCGGCGCUGCAAUUAUCCCGAGGCGCCCACUCCGAGGCACCCAUCCGACUUCUCUCUCAAAGUCACAGCGGCGGCCAGCAGCGAUCCUUGCACAGUUUCUGGAACCUGCCCGAGCCAUCGUCCUCGACGAACUCUCUGGCAUCAUCCCCCGCCGCGUCUGCUGCGUCGUCUCCGUUGCCGGCACUGGCGCCCCCUAGCAUCGUGACGGAGUGCGAGGACUGCGGCGCGGCACUGAGCGGCGUCGACGACGACGUGAUGGUCGACGCUGACGCCUUCGGAACGGACCACGCCUGCGGUGCAUGCGGGAAAGCGGUUUGCUUUAGCUGCUCUGUCAGCAAUCUUGGAGAACAUCGCCGAUGCUUAGCUUGUGCUGGUCCUGGAAGGGGAGGGAUCAACUCAAAAGCAUGGAUGACGAGAUAGCCAGAGACCAGAGUUUA